AUGAGAUUCUCGUCCACACUUGCCCUUGCUACCACCGUUGCUUCCGUCUUGGCUCAAGACGUCAGUCUCUACGUUGACAGCCCUGACACUGAACUCGACGGCAAUGGACUGCAGCCACUGCACGAGGGGGCUGCUCUUAACUACCUCUUCUUGUCCAACGACUCCAGCUACACCUGGAACUACAACGCCGACACAAAGCAACUCACUGCCAAGCUGGCCCAGUAUGACUUACCAGUCAGUCUGAAGACAGCUCCAUACGUUUCCUGGGGAGCCGCUACUGGCUACGAGAGCUUCACUUUUGCCAGCGACGGCACUCUUCAAGUGAACGGCUCCAGCGACGGUUUCUACGCCUGCAAGAACACCAACGACCCAUACGGCUACUCCGAAAACGGGUACGAGCUCAUGUACUACACAAACGAAGGAGACGUGCCUUCUGACAGCUGCACUGCGAUUUCCUUGACAAGCACCAAGCCUCAAUCGGCGAUCUCCAGCGCGGAAAAGCUUCCUCUCUCAACUGCCUCGGCCUCCGUCACCUCUGUCACCUCCAUGGUCACCGCCGCUUCCACCCAGACCCACACUGUCUGCCCGGGCAACUGCUCCUCGUCCGCAAUCAGCACGUUUGAGAACAACGCCAGGGUGAUUGCUCCUGCUGGAGCUGCCGUCCUGGGAGGCAUGGCCGUUCUCUUCCUGUAA